AUGGAGUACACGUCAACCCCGAAACCGCAGCUCUCAUCCCGGGCAAAUGCUUUCUCCAUAGCCGCCUUGAUGUCCAGUGGAAAGCCCAAUAAGGACAAAGAGACGGAGGAGAACACCAUCAAGCCUCUCGAACAAUUUGUGGAGAAGUCCUCCUGCAACCAGCAGUCUCUGGCUGACCUGUCCUCCCUGGACGGACACGGGGACUUCAGCGGGAACGCGCCUGCGGUGUGCACGGAGCCUCUCAUCCCCACCAAUCCCGGCAUCCCUAGCGAGGAGAUGGCGAAGAUCUCGUGCAGCUUGGAGACCAAAGAGUUGUGGGACAAAUUUCACGAGCUCGGCACUGAGAUGAUCAUCACCAAGUCUGGAAGGAGGAUGUUCCCUACCAUCCGGGUCUCUUUCUCCGGCGUGGACCAGGACUCUAAAUACAUCGUGUUGAUGGACAUCGUCCCAGUAGAUAAUAAGCGGUACCGGUACGCCUACCACCGCUCGUCCUGGCUGGUGGCCGGCAAGGCCGACCCUCCUCUGCCCGCCAGGUUGUACGUCCACCCGGACUCACCGUUCACCGGAGAGCAGCUGAUGAAGCAAAUGGUUUCCUUCGAGAAAGUCAAACUGACAAACAACGAACUGGAUCAACACGGACAUAUCAUCCUGAACUCCAUGCACAAGUACCAGCCGCGGGUCCACAUCAUCAAGAAGAAGGACCACACCGCCUCGCUGCUCAACCUCAAGUCUGAGGAGUUCCGCACCUUUGUAUUUGUUGAGACCGUCUUCACUGCCGUCACGGCCUAUCAGAACCAGCUGAUCACCAAACUGAAGAUCGACAGCAACCCGUUCGCCAAAGGUUUCCGGGACUCCUCGCGGCUGACAGACAUGGAGAGAGAUUUAUUUUGGGGCUCUCUCUUCGGCUUUUGCUGCAGGGAAAGUGUUGAGAAUCUGAUCCACAAGCACUCGUACGCCCGGUCGCCAAUCCGAACCUACACCGGCGAGGAGGAGAACCUAAGCGAGGACGGACACGCCGCACACGCAAGAGGCUCGGCGUUCACCGCCUCAGACAACCUCUCCCUGAGCUCCUGGGUCACUACCACUUCAGGCUUCUCUGGCUUCCAGCACCCACAGUCCCUGACAGCCAUGGGCACCGGUACUGCCUCCCUGCCUCACCCCAUCCAGGGCUCCCUCCCCCCCUACAGCCGGCUGGGCAUGCCGCUGACACCCACUGCUCUAGCUGGAACCAUGCAGGGCAGCGGGCCGUCCUUCCCUUCCUUUCACAUGCCCCGCUACCAUCAUUACUUCCAGCAGGGGCCCUAUGCUGCCAUUCAGGGACUCCGCCACUCCUCCACAGUCAUGACACCUUUUGUAUGA